AAAACGCAAGUGAGCAUUAUAUAUGACUUUAAUACGUUUUAUUCACGUUGAACAGCCUUUAUUUGUAAGGAGAGUGUGAAAUUAACGCUCGGCGUCCUAUUUCCUAUUUGAUAGAUCAGUAUCUAAUAUCCGCAAUGGAACUACAUGUAUGCAUCUUACAAGCGAAAACGGAUAUAGUGAUUAUAAUAAUUGAAACUUUAUGUACACAUAUAUAUUCAGUUUUAAUAAAAACAAGUUAACUUCCUAAUUGGUAUUAUAUGUAAAGAAAUAGAAAGUAUAAGAUUAUCAACAUGACUAGCACCAACGAAGAGGAGACACAAUUGAAAGAAAAAUGUUCUGAGAAGUUGAGAACAUGUGAAGAUGCCUUGGAAAUGUUGAGGUUAAAAUGUUUGGAAAGAGGCGCCAAAGGUAUCAGAGGCCUUGCAAGAGUUUUUCGAAUCAUGGAUGAUCCCGAUGACUGUUAUAAACAGCUCAGUCUUGAUGAGUUUAGGAAAGGUCUAACAGGCUAUGGUUUAAUGAUAGAUGAAGCAAUAACCAAAAAACUAUUUGAGCAACUGGACAAAUUUAAAAUCGGUUUACUAGACUUUGAUGAAUUUCUUCAAGCUCUUCGAGAUGUGUCAAGUGCUAGAUAUGAAAUAAUCAACAAGGCUUUUGAAAUAGCAGACAUCAAUGGUGACGGUGUUAUUGACUGUAAAGAUCUCAGUAAAGUGUUUAAUGCUAAUGACCACCCUAACGUUGUCAGUGGGGAGUGGGAUGUUCCACAAGUUUACAAGACCUUUCUUGAUCAAUUUGACACCAACGAUGACGGAGAGAUUUCAAAAGAGGAGUUCACUAAUUACUACGCAGGUGUGAGUGCUUCAAUAGAUGAUGAUGCUUACUUUGAAUUAAUGAUGAAGAACGCCUGGAAAAUGACAUAAAUUAACAUCACCGGUCAUUAUAUUCACGUAUUGAUGUAAUGCAGCACGAAGAUCCAUAUCUUUAAUUAUAGAUAACUAUUGCCUUUGUUAGCAGAGUUUCACAGACCGCUAUUGUGAAAAUCAAAUUGUACUAAAACAACUUUCUUAUGCGUCCGAGAUAAUAAUUGAUUGUGAAAUGUCACUGUGUAUGCAACUUUCUUCACAUUAAUAGAAGUUCUUGUCUGCCUGUCUCUGCGAACAGAAUUCUAUAAGGUAGAACCUCUACACUUAGAAUCAGCAGGCACAUACAUUAACAUACGUAUCUAGAAAUAUCAUAGACGUGAACGAGAGCUUCAGUUGAGAUGGUCGUGUUCUUCUUGGUCGUGUUUCAAAAUUCAGUGAAUUCCUCCUAUAUUCUUCAUUUUAACUUUCUGCCAGAGAUGAGGGUUGGUGUAACAUGAACAAUCUAAUUUUGUUAAAUCAAAUAACUGUCUAUUUUAAAAUGUAUUGCAAUAAUAUGUUUCUUGUACAAGGCAAUGUCCUUUUUAAAAAUAUUUAUGCAAGUAUAUAUUAAUUAAUAAAACUGUUGUAAAUGAAAUCCA